AUGGCUGCAUCAGAUGCUCCAUUGUCAAUCAUCAUUAUUGGAAUUGGAAAUGGCCCUGCUUACAGGUUAGAGCCAAUCGCUUCGAUUUUUACGAAUUUUAGUGGAAAUUUACUAUUUCAGCUCAUCACCAUUGCUGACUUAAUUGAUGCCGCCGAUACUUUGUCUGAAAAUCGAUCUCGAAUUGCUCAAAAGGCAUUGAGAGCCAUACCAGAGCAAAUGACCGACUUUAUGCAUGCUGCCAAUAUCGCCGCCAAACCUCCAAUCCAGGUUUCGUAA